AUGGUUUCUCUAAAGAUCACAGUUCUUGCUAUUGUCCUGAUCGCCGGCAUAUUCAUGACUCAAGCAGCACCAGAACGCCAACAAGAUGAUAAAGAUAAGGGAGACUCUCCUUCCAAGGUCCUGGGCAACUUAAACAUCAUAAAGAACUUCACAACCUUCGUUCAAGACAUGACCAAGGACCCUAAGCAGGCGAUCACGAAACUGGGUGAUUUAGUUAAGGCAAAGAGCAUUUUCGGCAAGUCAAAGCCAGACGAAAAAGCUAAACAAGAAUAA